AUGAAACUCUUCUCUUCUCUGACCAUCCCCCUCAGAGCUGUCUUCUCCUAUCAUCGCGGUGUCUCCUCUCCAGCAACCUCAUGGCGGCCGCGCAGAUCUCAUUCUGGAUCCGCGAGCUGCUUCCACUUGCUCGAGUCCUGCAUUCUCGACAAGAACCUGCUUCUGGGUUCACAACUUCACUCCAGGAUCGUGAUUGCGGGGCUCGUGAAUGAUUCCUUGUUUGCAACAAAACUCAUCACACUCUACUCCCUAUGUGGAGACCUCUCGAGCGCCGAGGCGAUCUUCGCCCGCUUUCCGGGUUGUAACGUGUUCCUUCUCAAUGCCAUGAUCAGAGGCUAUUCCUCCAAUGGGUUGAAUCAGGAAGCCGUGGAUUUGUUCCAUCGAAAGAGGAGAGAAGGGAUCGAACCCGAUUCCUAUACUUUCUCGUGUGUUUUGAAGGCCUGUGCUUCUCUGCCGGACCUUUGCCAAGGAAAGGAGCUGCACAAAAUGGCAGUGGAGAGCGGUUUUGAAUCGGACGUUUUUGUUUCUAAUUCGUUGAUUUCUAUGUAUGCAAAGUGUGGGAGCCUAGAAAGCGGCGCCGACGUUUUCGACAGAAUGCCCCAACGAGAUAUCGUGUCAUGGAAUUCUAUAAUCUCAGCUUACGCACUGAAUGGUUCUGAUUUGGGGGCUGCAGAGAAAGUAAGGGAGAUGUUCCGCUGUGGGUUCCAGCCGGAUCAAGUGACGAUUAUUAGUCUUCUGAUAACUGGUUCCACUUCUGAGGUUAUUAGUGAAGUACAUGGUUAUGUUCUGAGAAGAGGGUUUGAAUCCAUAUCCAUGAUUCGGAAUGCACUUGUUUCUGCCUAUGGUAAGUGUGGUGGAGUCAGGGAAGCUCGUAGGAUAUUUGAUAGCUCGACUCAAAAGGAUAAAGUUACUUGGAAUGCCUUGAUCUCUACCUAUGCCCAGAAUGGGUUAUUUGAAGAAAGCAUGCAGCUUCUCAGAGACAUGAGGCUUGCUGGUUUUGAUGUUGAUGUAAUUACCUACAGUGGGAUCAUAUCUUCCUUCUCUCAGGAUGAUUUGUCUGAUGAAGCAGUGGUUGUUUUCAAGGAAUUGUUGAAUGUGGGGUUGAGGCCGGAUGUAAUCGCUAUUGCAAGCAUUCUGCCGGCAAUUUCCAGUAUCCGAUGCUUUGGUUACUGCAAGGAAAUCCAUGCCUACUCUUACAGGGAGGGUUUAGAAUCAGACCGCAGGGUUAGAAAUGCUCUUGUGUCAGCUUACUGUAUAUAUGGUUCUAUCCAAAGUGCUGAACGAGUUUUUGAAGCGAUCAGAGACAGGGAUGUGAUCUCCUGGAGCUCAAUGGUUACGGGCUAUGUCCAGAACCAACACUUCGUGGAAGCUCUUGAUACAUUUAGGCAAAUGAUUGGAGCUGAGAUAGAACCAAACCCGAUUACCAUAACAAGCAUCCUUUCAGCAUGCGCAGGUGUCUCUGGUCUAAGACUGGGGAAGGAACUCCACUUGUGGGCACUAAAGAACUCAUUCGAUGGUCAGUCUUUUGUGGGAAGUGCUCUUGUAGACAUGUAUGCAAAAUGUGGAAGGAUCAAAGACUCAAGAAGAGUGUUUGAUCUAAUGGCAGACAAGAACUUGGUCACUUAUAAUGUGAUGAUUGGAGGUUAUGCCGUCCAUGGACUCGUAGAAGAUGCUCUAAGAAUCUUCCGAAUGUUGGAAGAGCCUGAUGAGGUCAGUUUUAUCACAGCCUUGUCAGCCUGUAGACAUGGGGGACUUGUUGAGGAAGGGAUCGAGAUCUUUAACAGCAUGAAGGCCUUAAAGGUGAGCCCUAAAGAAGGGCAUUAUUCUUGUAUGGUGGAUUUAUUGGCAAGAUGUGGACUAAUAGAACAGGCUCUUGAUUUAGUAAAGACGAUGCCGAUGAAAGCUAGCACAGAAGUCUGGGGAACACUGCUUGGAGCAUGCAAGGUACACUCCAAUUUAAAUAUUGGAAUGUAUACCGGAGCCCGUAUACUUGAGUCCGGGAGUGAUAAUUCGGGAUAUUAUGUGCUGCUAUCAAACAUAUUAGCUGAUUUCGGGAGGUGGGAUGGUGUUGAAGUGAUGAGAAAGCUGAUGACGGAGAAGGGAGUGAAGAAAGGUGCUGGGUGUAGUUGGAUAGAAGUGAACAAGAGAGUCCACUCCUUUGUUGCCAAGGAAAGAGCACAGCAUCCCGAGUGGGAGAGCUUAUUUUGGCUGUUGAGUGUCUUAAAUGAGCAGAUGAGGGCUAUGAGUUUCUAG